CGCAGCGGUGAUCAGUCUGCGCCGCAAAAACUGACGCUGACUAGUUUAAACAUCACAUCUUCGUAGAUCAAGCCGAUUCGGAUCAAACCUUCAUCAUGAUUCCACCGCAACGUCAUACUGGGACUCCCUUCAUCAAAGGCGAUACAAGCCCGUACCACUUUCCGCAGUGCGAAGAGCAGUGUAUCUGACCUAUGUAAUCAUCUGGUAGUAAGUGAUCGUACCACUUGCAUCGUCUCUGACAUCUUGCUUGCAUUGUUGCUCCACUGGCAGGUUUUCAUUUUAUUAACCGAGCCAUGUCCUUCAAGCUUUAUCACAAUCAGACCGGUGAUCUAUGCGUUCCGUGUAUUUCAUAUGCGUUAUCCUUAUUCAUGGUAACACGAAUACUCAUCGAAUAAUGUGUUCACUCGCAGGUACCGUUACUUGGAUAUUCUCGGGUAGUAAUUGUUCUCACCAUAAUGGUUGCAUGUACACAGCUUUGCUUCAAAAGCCCGAUAGCAGUUUCUUCAGCGCUCAAUAUCAUUGUACGUGUUCUUACAUCAAAUCACUGUCUGAUUCCAAACGCAUGACAACUGAUCCCAGACCCGUCGCCACAGCUUGCCAAAACGAUACAGCAAUACCUACACGUGUUUGCGCAGUGCGCGCUGAGCACGGCGUCCAUAUCUUUCUGCCAAGUCGAGAUUUAAUCUCGAUUCGUCUCAUGUUCUCCGUGUCUGCAUUCUUAAAGUCGAUGUCGUCAUCCCCGCCCAAUGUUCCCUGUAUUUCAUGUCACCAAUACCGAAACUCCAGGCUAUUCUUUAACAUUUGCGCCGAACUAUAUAACUUUUUUCUAUUGCAGCUCGUUCCUUCUUAUUUCUUAGUAGCCAAUGUUGGCCCAGGCUCAAAUACUCGACUUUGUCAAUGUUUCAAAAGACCAGGCCCUCACUUUGACGACAUUAAUGUCCCUCUGAGUUGGAGCGUCUGCCAUAAAUUUACUCUUUCCUCAGUCGUCGACUGGAAUUUCGUCAUCCUGCCACAGCCAAGUGCUCAUGCUGUAUCACAAUAUUCAUGUCUUACAGCAUUGGUCGUUGCCUAGCACUAGACACACAAUGCAACCUGAAUCCCCACAGGAAGCAAACACAGCAACACGCUCCAGCGCAGUGACAUCAUUGACACAGACAAUACAUUCAGAUGCGUCACGACCAACCGCCCAACAACCGCCCCUUCAAUUGUUACGAUUGCCUGCAACACCAAAGAUUGCGCGCCUUGAACAUCAUAUCAAGUUCGCAUUGCAGGGCGAUUUAAGUUGCCACUUGCCCUGCUACUUAUGUAUUAGUUACGUUAGCUAAAGAAGUCAGGUCAGCAUACGCAACGCUAUACUCGUG